GCAAAGAGCGGCUAUAAAUAUAUGGCGUCCAGGCUGUCCCUUCCGGUUCCCAGCCGAAAACAGGUUACUGAAGCGUCCUCGGUGGGAUAACAAAUCCCAAUGCUGGUUCGUCUAAUCAGCACUGAGUCUGCCCAAUCUCCACUGCAACCGACUUCACGCUCUAGGAUGGCUCCUGCAGCUCCUCCUCAUCCACUCGAUCUGCGUGGUCAGAUCAUCGACAACUGUCAAUUCUUCAGCCGGCCCGAUGCCGGCAUCUCACUGGUCGUCGCAAAAGAGCCCCUUGGGACUUUCAAGGCCUUUGUACUGAGGGCUGAAGACGGCAUCCGAGACGUUCUCCUGUCCGAGGCAGGCCAGUCCGUCUACGAAGCUCUGCAAGCCCUCCAUGUCAAGUCUGCCGAGGCCGUUCAGAACUACAUCGCAAACAAUGGCUUCGCCUUGCCACAGGCUGUCAAGAAGCAGCGCGCCAAGCAGGCCGGCAACCAUGGCGACGGGCGCGAUAGCGACGCCGCUUCGGUUUCCUCGACCGUCACCAUAGAGCAAUCUGACACGGACUGUGGGUCUCUGUCUGACAAUGAGACGGUCUCAGUCACGUCAGUCGGCAGGGCGAAGCGACGUAAUCAGCACAAGGCGAAAAGAUCGACCAAGCACAAGUCGCGACGGUCCCGCUCACGAUCCCGGUCUCCCUUCUCCCCUCAGCGCUCCCUGUCGAGCUCAUCAGAGUCCGACGACGACUUUGCUUUCCGAGGCUCAACGCGCCUUCCUCCCAUCCCCUUCCGCCAGGCGCCCGGCCGCUUCAACCCCUUCCCCCAGCCCACGGCGCGCCUGGGCAAUAACCCGGGCAAUGAAAUCCCGCCUCACGAACGCUGGCGCCCCUUCCUGCAAGAUCCAUCCUGUAUUACCAUUGAACCCGCCGAGAAAUUCGAACGAGCAGCCAACCGGCCGCCCGGGCCUCCAAGCACAGCAGCAGCAGCGGCAGCAGCCAUGACAUCUUGCGGCUACACUCCCAUUGGAGUGGUUACGGGCGCGGGCAUGGCCAUGGCCAAACCGCCCGCGGGCCCUGCUGCUACCGGCCCAAACCACGUGGGCAUGCCUACCCAUAGUCCUAGUACUGCUGCUGCCUCCCAGCCCGGACCGCAGCCGCAGCCCCAGCUAAUGGAUCUCGUCCUCGUCGUCCGCUGGCGUCACCACGGGCCAUGCCACCACAACCAGCCGCGCGCCACGCUGCAGCAGCUCCCCUACCCGCUUACGGUGCGCCAGAUCCAGGAUGCCGCGCUCACCUAUGUCAGGCGUCAACCCGGCGCGUUUGCUUCUACCUCCACUACUGCCAGUGGACCAACCCCUCCGGACAUGACGGGGCUGCUCUCGCACCGCCUGUGGCAGCUGCGAGCGACCGUCAAGACACUGAUCGUGGGUGACGGAGAGGAGGUUGAUUUGGGCGGGUAUACCGGCUCGGCGGAUCUGACGAGGCUGGUGGUGGCGGGCUCUGGGGCUGGCUCUUCCGGUAUUCCCAGGGUGGAGGUGGAUGUUUUUGGCGAGGGCCCGGUUCGUGGUGGUCCUGGGACUGGAGUGGGAGGAGGCGGCACUGGGCUGGGGGGGAUGAUGCCGCCCGUUGGGCCUGCUGGUCCGGUGCCUGGUACUGGUGCUGUGGGCAGUGCUCAUGGUUCUUCUUCUGGGCAAGCGAUCGGCCUGCCGCCGCCGCCACCUCCACCACCACCAUCACGAUCGCCUGCUGGCUCCAUGGGUUUGAAUGAUGGAGUCGGAGCGGCAGGGCUGUCGCAUUUGCCGCCGGCCACGGGGCACGGGCAUCAGCCUCGUCGGCAGUUUGCGAAUGGGCAUGUCCAUGGUCAGGUUCAAAGCCCGGGAUUGCCGGAAUGAUUGGGACGUCAUGUCACGCCAUGGCAAUCCACUGAGAAUGGGUAGGCAGGGAUGGGGGUUGAAGCGGAUGGGAUGGAUACAGGCCAGAAAUCGGGCGGUCUGUUUUCGAAAGUGAGGCUUCGCAGGGACGUGGACCGCUUGGUGACAGCAAGAGCAGUCAUGCAGACAAUGGGAUACACCAAGGAUACACUCGGAAGUAGGACAGCAUCAUCUUAUUGCCCAAGGAAACACUUAGGCCAGCACCAGCACCAUCACAACGCCACGAAUGGUGCUGGAGGACGGAACGGUAUGGGGCAUCUGACAGACCCAUGUCUUGGUCGGUCAAC